AUGGUUGAUAAUAAGAAGUAUAUUUCAUCUGAUGAAUUGAAGAAACAUAACAAAUCUGAUGAUUUGUGGAUUUCAAUUCAGGGGAAGGUUUACAAUGUGACAGAUUGGGCUAAGGAACACCCAGGUGGGGAUAUCCCACUCAUGAAUUUGUCUGGUCAGGAUGUGACUGAUGCAUUCAUUGCUUUUCAUCCAGGUACUGCCUGGAAAUAUCUCGACAGAUUCUUUACUGGGUAUUAUUUGAAAGAUUUUAAGGUUUCUGAGGUUUCUAUGGAUUACAGAAGGCUUCAUUCUGAGUUUUCGAAAGCCGGGAUGUUUGAAAAAAAGGGCCAUGGAGUGAUUUAUUCUCUUUGUUUUGUUGCAUUGUUACUUUUCACUUGUGUUUAUGGUGUAUUGUGUUGCGAUGGUUUCUGGGUUCAUAUGUUUUCUGGAGGGUUGCUGGGGUUUCUAUGGAUGCAAGUGGCUUAUUUGGGUCAUGAUUCGGGUCAUUAUCAGAUUAUGACGACCCGUGGAUUCAAUAAAUUUGUGCAAAUCCUCACAGGCAAUUGCCUAACUGGAAUCAGCAUUGCUUGGUGGAAAUGGACUCAUAAUGCCCACCAUGUUGCUUGCAAUAGCCUUGACUAUGAUCCCGAUCUUCAACACUUGCCAAUGUUGGCAGUCUCUUCAAAGUUAUUUCACUCGUUGACAUCCCAGUUUUAUGGUAGAAAACUGACGUUUGAUUCGUUGUCAAGAUUUUUUGUGAGUUACCAGCAUAUUACUUACUAUCCAGUAAUGUGUGUUGCAAGAGUCAAUCUUUAUCUGCAGACGCUCUUGUUGUUGUUCUCAAAGAGAAAAGUUCCCGACAGGGCUUUAAACAUAUUAGGAAUCUUUGUUUUUUGGAGUUGGUUUCCUCUUCUUGUUUCAUGCUUGCCAAAUUGGAACGAGAGGGUGUUGUUUGUUCUGACAAGCUUUUUUGUAUGCUCAGUUCAACAUAUCCAAUUCACUCUGAACCAUUUCGCAGCAGAUGUUUAUGUAGGAGCACCCAAGGGGAAUGAUUGGUUUGAGAAACAAACAAGUGGAACAAUAGACAUCGCGUGCUCGUCUUGGAUGGAUUGGUUUUUUGGUGGAUUACAAUUCCAGCUUGAACAUCAUUUGUUCCCGAGGCUACCAAGGUGCCACUUGAGAAAUGUUUCUCCUGUGGUUCGGGAACUAUGCAAGAAACACAACUUGCCUUAUCGGAGUUUAUCCUUCUUUGAGGCCAACUUGUGGACUCUAAGAACACUAAGGACAGCUGCCCUGGAGGCUCGGGAUUUCUCCAAGCCUAUGCCGAAGAAUUUGCUCUGGGAAGCUGUUAACACUCAUGGAUGA